CCUUCGCUCUACGCUUGUUCUUCCUCUUGUGUGCUAUCUGUGGACUUUUUACUAAAGUCUCGUCUCUUCAUAAGGAAGAACAGAAAGAUAAUAAUUGUCCCAAAGGAUGGAUUCGCUUGAACUGUCACUGUUACAUCUACCAACGAAAUCCGAGGAUGCUUGCAGAUGCAGAGAGCGUCUGCAAUAUUCUUGGUGCAAAUGUAAUGUCCAUUCACAAUUCCCUGGAAAACGUGUUUGUUCACGAACUGUUUAAAAGAGAAGCGUCUUCGAAUGACACCGCUGUCUGGACCGGACUCCAUGAUACGUUUGAGGACAAUGAAUUCUAUUGGAUUGAUGGCGUAGAAUUUGAUUUCAGCGCAUUUGAUACGGAGGACGGCGAGCCUGAAAGCGCUAGUGGUUGUGUAUCAUUGGCUCUGGAUGAUGGAUACUGGGACACUGAGGAGUGCUCAACGGAACAUCCGUAUAUUUGCCUCAUGGAUGUUAUGGAUCAUUCACACUAAUCACACUCUUCCCAUACUGCCUUAAGUAACAAUCAUGCUCUUUGUGUGACCAUAUCACUCUUUUGUGGUGGAUUUGAAUGACUUGGUUUACUAUUAAUUGUAUCUUUUCCGCAAUGCUUAAUAAUUGUUAACGAUAAAUUUGUUACGUCAAAGAGUAUUGCUCUCUUAAAU